AAAAGGCUGAAAUCUGCUGCGAUAUCUCCACUUCGUUUCACUUCCCUUCUCCUUCCCACCAUUCUCGCAUUUCAUUUUCUACAACGCCAUCCAGAUCUCUUGUUCUUUGCGAGAUCUCAAGCGCUUCAUUCUAUUCCAAACAGGCUGAGGUUACGGGACUUCGUCGGAGUACAAUUGCGACCAGAUUUGAAUUCGUCCCCUUAAAAAACCUCAAGACCUCGUCUCUUUGCCUGUCUCCAUCGAACCCUGCCCGGGAGAAUGUCGAGUACUAAGGACUACACCGUCGGCUGGAUCUGCGCUAUAGCUACGGAGUAUGUUGCCGCUCAAGCUUUCCUCGACGCAAAACACGAAAGACCAGAAUAUUUGCCCCCACAUGACAACAACGAUUAUACACUAGGCGAGAUUGGGAAACACUAUGUUGUCGUUGCCGUCUUGCCUGAGGGAGAAUACGGCAUUUCGUCUGCAGCAAGCGUCGCGAGAGACAUGCUCCAUAGCUUCCCCAAUGUCCGAAUUGGGCUAAUGGUCGGCAUCGGCGGUGGUGCGCCAAGUCCAGAGCAUGAUAUCCGUCUAGGCGACAUCGUGGUCAGCGCUCCUCGUGAUGGGAAGGGUGGUGUGCUUCAGUAUGACUAUGGCAAAACAAUCCAAAAUCAGAGCUUUCAAUGUACCGGAUUUUUAAACCAGCCACCAACGCUCCUACGGACUGCAGUUACUGGAAUUAAGGCGCAGUAUGAAAGCGACGGCCAUACGCUUGAAGAAGCUAUUGAAAGUGUUCUCGAGAAGAAACCAAGACUGCGGAAGAAGUACCAGCGCCCGGGCUCAAGUAGCGAUAGGCUGUAUCAAGCCGGAGUCACACAUUCUACAAACGAUGAGGCAAACUGUGCACUAGCCUGUAGUGACAACACGUCGGACUUGAUACUGCGACACGAACGGGCCGAAAACGAGGAUAAUCCGGCAAUUUACUACGGUCUAAUUGCUUCAGCAAACCAAUUGAUGAAGGAUGCUUUGCUUCGGGAUAAAUUUGCAAAGGAAAACGACGUUCUGUGUUUUGAGAUGGAAGCAGCUGGAUUAAUGAACCACUUCCCGUGUCUAGUCAUUCGCGGCAUCUGCGACUACUCUGACACGCAUAAGAACAAGGAAUGGCAAGGCUAUGCAGCUAUGGCGGCGGCAGCGUAUGCGAAAGACCUCCUGGUCCGCAUUCCAGUAAACAAAUUGGAGGCUCAGAGAAGAAUCAGCGAUGUUCUGUCUUCUAUUGAGCGAAAUGUGUACGAGGCACAUCGUGAUGUUAAAGACUUAGCACUCGAACAGCGGCGGGCAGAGCUCCAUCGCUGGCUGUCGCCACCUGAACCGUCAACAAACUACAACAAAGCACUUCAACGGCGCCAAGAAGGCACAGGCUCCUGGUUUUCGCAGAGUAACGCAUUCGCAACGUGGAAAUCGCAAAGAAACUCCUUCCUGUGGCUUUAUGGCAUACCGGGAUGCGGCAAGACCAUCCUCAGCUCUACUAUUAUUGAACAUCUCAAGAGUCUUUCCAUUCAAUCCCUGCUCUACUUCUACUUCGAUUUCACUGAUACCGAGAAGCAAUCUCUUAGAGGUGUUGUCUGCUCUCUUAUUAGUCAACUUUACCACACGUGCAAGAGUGCCCAGGAACCAUUAGAUGCGCUCUUUUCCUCAUUUAGGGACAGAAAUACGCAACCAAGCUGCGAAUCACUUUGCAAGGUUCUGCAGAAAAUGAUUAAGCGAACCGAAGAGGUCUGGGUUGUUCUGGAUGCCAUCGACGAAUGCCUUGAAUGCAAAGGGAGUCCAACAGAAGGGCUGCUUUUGUGGAUACGGGAUCUUGUAAGGUUGCAGCAUAAGAACGUUCACUGUCUCGUGAUAAGUCGGCCCGAGCAGGAUAUUCAGUUAGAAUUAAGCCGCCUGGUUAAUAAGAAGGAUAGAAUUUCAAUUCAGAGCGAUCUUGUUAAUGACGAUAUCUUGGCAUAUAUUAACGCUAAGGUUAGGGAGGGUGAAGGACUAAAGAGAUGGCGGGGUUGUCAGGAUAUUCAAAAAGAGAUUAAGGAAGGGCUCGCACAAAAGGCCGACGGCAUGUUUCGAUGGGUAGCAUGCCAGAUUGAUGCCCUAGAGGACUGCUUGGACUACCCUACCCUUAGGACUGCGCUUAAUUCACUCCCAAAAACGCUGGACGAGACCUACAAAAGAAUAAUAGUUGCGAUUCCAGACAACUACAAAGAGAACGCGUUGAGGAUCCUUUAA